AUGGCUUCCUUACGCUUUGGCCUCAAUGCUCCCAUCAUAUUCCUACUUACGUCCUCCGCUCAAGCCCUCUAUUUCACACCCGACUCCCAAUGUGCUGCUUUAUGCUCAGAUGGUUCCAAUUCAACUUCUUCCGAAUUUACUGGCUCCGCAACAAACCCAUCAGACAUCGUUUGUGAAGAUGGAGAAUACUCGUCAUCAGGGAAUGGUAUCCGAUUCAAAAAUUGUCUGAACUGUCUCCAGAAAAGCGAGACCACCUGGAAAAAGGAAAGUGAUGUCUUCUGGUUCUUGUAUAACGUGCGAUAUGCCUUUGACGUUUGCCUUUACUCUUAUCCCGAUGCCGUGGAAUCAGGAACGGUUAAUUCCCCAUGCAACAUCCAAAGUUCCUGUGGAUCACUCGAAAACGCCAUGAAGACAUCCCUACUCAAGACAAACCCAGAUAAUCAAUUCGAUUAUUGCGAAGCUGAAGAUUCAAUCAUUAAAAGCUCCAGCUACAAGGAGUGUCUCGGCUGCCUCGAGACAACAUCGAACCAACAGUAUCUUGCAAAUUUUCUGGUGGCUUUGAAAGCUGGCUGUAUCCAAGAGCCCGAGGCUGGCGAUAAACUCGGUCUCAGUGGCACAAUCUUCUCGUCUUCACUAAUCAACAUCACUGAUCCCAAUACCAAUGAAACAUUGCCAGGUGAUGACGGUGCUCCCGUAGGUUCCAUGACCACCGGCACCAUCGUCGGGAUCGCGGUUGGAUGUGGACUCGCUUUCGCUGGCGCGGUCUGUCUUCUAUGUAUAUACUGUCGCCGAACCCGGAAACGCCACGGAGCAGGAAUAAAGAUCGGAUCACCGCCUCCAGAUGCCCCAAUGAACGAUCACGCCAUGUAUGGCAUUCAGAAGGCUUCAUAUUUUACCGACUACCCGGCACGACCUCUCUCAACUAUGAGUAAUGCUGCACGACUUGGGGGGCAUUCUAGAAACAUGUCUAAUGCAGAGUAUUACGAUGGCCUUGGAAAUGGUACAGGGAACUCCGAGACGCCCGUUACCUACCACUACGCACCUCAUUCGAAGAGUAACGCACCCAACGGCGCUCUUCCUACGCACCCUGCAUACAUUCCUCGGGUAGUCAGUCGCCUGCCUGACCCCAAAAUACCACCACCAUCAGGACUUCGUAAUGCGAAGACAAACAUUCCUGACUCCUAUGCUCUCCAGACUUAUCUCACUGCCGCUGGUGGCACCAGCACUGACUCUCAAAGCGCGGGAGAGACCCCUUCUGGGAGCGUGACAACUUCUCUGGCCGGUAGCCGUAACCCUUCUCCUGCUCCGCAGCCGUUGCUUCCUGUCAACCCGCCAGCACAACCAGCAUUGGGACCAACAUCCUCAUUCGAGGCACAGAAGUCCAAGCUACCGAAUUUCGCAUUCCCUUCGCUCCCAAAGCUCACAAUCCCCAAGAAAAAAGCACCACCUCAACUCAACUUGCUGGAAGCGACACCGAUUUCCGCGGUUGAUAAUGACCCAACACGUGAAUUAAGGAUAUCCAAGCCACUUGCUGUUUUGGAUCCCAGGUUCCAGGACAAACCCUUGGGAGGAGGACAAAUAUUAUCCCACGAGAUUCCCAUUGGCUUCAGUGAUGAAUACCUCAAGAGGCGAGAGGCCAAUGUCUCUCCUCUGUUGAGCGGCAGCAGCCGCGUUUAUGGAUGA